CACAUUACACAAGCUCUCUGUAUUGGCGUAUCCUCUCCUCUAUUGCGCUUCAUAUUCACUCAUUCCUCUUUUCGAAUUGCCGGGGGCCAUUGCAUGCUCAGGGCUGACGUUCUCUGUUUCCCUUACGGUUCUCUACGGCCAAAACGUUGGCAAUCUUUUAGCUUUCAACAUCUGCCGCAUUCAUGUGUUUUUAAUAUUGUUGAAGUACUCGCUCUACGUGAAUUGAAAUUCGCAAAUGGCAUCAGCCAAUUCAGCGCCUCCGGCGACCUUUACGCCGCCCGAAGAUGAAAGAUCCAUCUUUUCGCGACGUUCGCGAAGGCAGUUGGGCAUAUGGGCAGCCGGCGCGGGCUUCAUGCUAUUCUCGGCUGCCAUCACACGACGAGCUGUUGCAAGACGAAAUAAUUGGGCACGUCCGUUGUUUUUCUACACCAACAUGGAACCCCAUCUGAAACCCAUCAACGGGCCACUAGAGGCACUCGAAGCCCUGAGCGUGGCCACGAUAAAUGCGUUCAGCUUCGGCAUCAUGUUUACCGGCGGCAUGUUUUGGGCAUUUGACAUCAGCAAUUUGGAGGAACUGAAGAGACGGACACGCGAUAAAUUGGGCUACGAGAAAGCGAUUGAAGCCGAACAAAUGUCGGACGGAGGAGUAACGCAGGAGCAGUGGCUCACUUCGGUGGUGGUAGACGAAGAAGAACAAAGGAUAAAGGGUGCAGGCAAGACUCUUGCGCACGUCAAUGACAAAAUUAUUGAGAGGCCAACGAAGCCCACAUCACAAGAAGGGGGACCACUGGAUCAGCUUGCUCAGCAGACCGCAGACUCGAUGUCAAAAUCAACGAAAGGCUGGAUGAGCUGGUGGACAGGGAAGUGAAGUUGUCGUGCUACGAGUACAGAAAGGUGCGAGAUUGAUCAGACGCGUCUUCGAAAGAGAUGGCACACACUCCGGCUUGAGCACCUAACCUAUGAGUACGCUAUUUGAGAUGAGAAGGGUACUCGUUCCAGUAGAAAAUGGCUGCGAAGUAAUCCAUUGCAAAGCUGCUAGGAUUAUCAGAGUCAUGCUAUAUCACUACGGACUGAUAAUGCGUCGGUGCUCUUGCCUGUAUUACUCAACACACACGCACGCGCACUCAAACAAAACGCCAACAGGCAUGCCUCACUUCUCGAAUAACCUUGAGGACAGUCUCCUAUAGGAAGGCUUAAACUAAGCGGGCUCUGAUAGUACAUCGAUCGCUUUGAUUCCCUGCGCAAGAGCCACGAGUCAUUAUCAUAACAAGACAUCACAACUCCUUAACACAUCUUCCCUCGCAUUGUUGUGUUAUGUUUCUGACUUAAUUUUUCUUGUGCAUGCUCCCACACGUCCAUGCACGCACAGCAAUCCCGUCUCUCACAUAAUCGUCUCAUAGAUCUCGUGUUUUACCAGCGUCGGCAACGCUAGUCGGCGUU